UGAGGUUCUGGCUAAAUCUAUGAUGCUCGAGCAGGAUCUAGACCAGGAAGGAUAUCUACGCUCAAAGAGUAACCCCUUCCAGGAUCUCCCUCACGACACCAAGGCCACUGUGUUCCAGAAAGGCUUUUUAAAACGCAAAGCGCAUGCAGACAUUGAUGGAAAACGCACUCCGUGGGGGAAACGAAGCUGGAAGACAUUCUAUGCCAUGCUGAAGGGAAUGGUGCUUUACCUGCAGAAGGAUGAUUAUGUGAAGGACUGCCAGAGCUCAGAGGAAGUGGUCAGCGUUCAUCACUCUCUGGCAGAGCGAGCUCUGAAUUACACCAAGCGGCCGCACGUGUUUCGCUUGCAGACGGCCGACUGGAGGGUCUUCCUCUUCGAGGCUGCUUCCACAGAGCAGAUGAACUCAUGGAUCGGGCGGAUAAACCUGGUGUCUGCGCUGUACUCCUCGCCACCCUUUCCUGCUGCUGUCGGCUCUCAGAGGAAGUUCUGUCGGCCCAUCCUGCCCGCGUCGCAGUCAAACCUCGUGCUGGACAAACAGCUGCAGUCGCAUGCGGCCAUGUUACAGAGCUUCCAGCAGGAUCUGUCUGCGCUCCAGCAGGAGGCGUCAGAGAGCAGGAAGACCAAAGCCAGGGAGCUGGAGGAGAUGAGGCAGAGAGAGGAGUACCUGCAGUAUGAGAAGUCUCGUUAUGAGGUCUAUCUUAAAGUUCUGGAGGCCUGGCAGAUGCUGCAGACGUCCGAUUCGUCAGUCGGAGACAGACUGAACGUGUUCGAUGAGGGAUUGUGGAGAGGAGAGAUGGACGAGGAGGAGGAUGAGGCUGAUGCCGGGAUGAAGCGAUCGCACUCCAGUCCAUCCCUGGAGUUAGAAACGCCUCCUCAGCCUGUAGUGAAAGUGCGACGCAACAUCUCAGAGAGACGCACCUAUCGAAAGAUCGUAGUUCCACGGCGGAACAAAGAGAUUUGAAAAAAAAAAUGAACUGUUACACACAAACUGUCAUGCUUGAAGCACUUGAAUCCUUUAAAGUUUUACAUCAUUUAAUAUAUUUUUAAAGUCUGUCCUGUCCAAGGUAAAAAAAAAAAAAAAAAAAAAGAAAAAGCAACAACAGUAGUCUUUUUAAAUAUAAAGAAUUUUUGCACAAACCUCUUAUUAAUUGACCCUCUUCAUACUGUCCACAAGAGGGAGAUGUUGCUCAAGAUGUUUAAAUGAAGGACAAUAGUUUUUACCUCAUUCAUAACCAUCACAUGUCAAUAAGAGUUUUUGAGGGGUCAGCUUAAUGUGUCAUCAACACAACAAUAGUAAACAGUGUGAAGAAGGGUACGGUGUAUGUUCAGUGCUGUCGCUCAGAAUACACUUGUUCCAGCCACAUUUCCUCUGUUUGAAAUCAUGGUGAUAAAGAGACCUCUGAUAGAGCCACUGCUGAAUGGCUCUUGUGUAUUGAGUGUUUGUGAAUUUCUCAUAUCCUUUCAUUUAAACAAGAACCCGUCAUUAAGCGCAGAUGCUGAGGAUGUGUUUGAUGGAUUGUGCCUCCAGGCUCUGGAUGCUCAGGAUGUGUCGGCUUGAUAAAGAUCUGAAAAGCCAAUAUCAGAUAAAUGCCGCCUGUUGACACGUAAACAGAUUGUGAGGAAAAACAAUCAAACUGUCAGUGAGUCAGAAAAUGACUGAACGCCACAUGGAUAGACCCAGAUUUGUGCUCUUAUAUCGCAACGCAAGUACUGAUGUGUGAUCCUGAAUAUGGCUAGACAAAAUAUUUUGUAAUUGAGCAACUUAUAUAGAAUAAGUUGAAUAGAAUUUGUUCAAGAAACCUACAUGAACAUACAUUACACAUCAGGGCCGUAACCACCAUAGCCAUUGUGGGGGGAGAUCAAAGAAGGCGGGGCUUAAUGUUCACUGAAGACAAGUGUGAAUUCCAAUGCAACACUUUUAGUUUUUACAGUGACGUGUGUGGUAAAAUAUAGCUAAACAUUAAAUAUUUGACAACUGUUUUACGAUGGAUAUGUUUAACGACCCACAGUAACAUACUGUGAUGCAAACAACUCAACUUUUCUAUGGAAUUUCUGCAUUUUGAAUUAUUUUUGACAUAUUAGACAUACCAACAAGAGUGAACAUGUGCAUAUUUUUAAAUAAAAUAUUAUUUGCCAAGAGUUUAAA